AUGGAAACCUUUCUGCCUGAUCCAUUGUCAGUCUCAUUAGAGCCGCCUGAAGUGAGCACGAGGGCCGAGAUGCGAUCAGGUUAUCCAAGCCUGGACACGAGCAGUCGUGACACUGAGGUCGGGUUCGAACUACGAACCUUCCGUGCGGAGAAAACGAAACGCAACGUACUCUUCUUUCCAACACGACUGACCAAGGAGGAAGUUCACAAACGUAUCAACAUACACCUAAUCUAA